AUGUCUCUUACUGGAGUGUUGUUUGGUCUUAUAAGGGACCUCAUGCGAAUGUAUCCGCACGAUCAAUAUAAGUGUGUUGAGGAUGGUGCGACAGCGGAGCUUUCGUUGUCACGACUGAUAUUUGACAACUUCACGGUGCCAAAGCUUCACGCUGCAGUGGCUCUAUUAUCUUUAGCAUUUGUAGCACUGCUUUCAGGAUCUCCAUCGGCAUUUCGUCUGAGUCGAUUGCUACACGAAAACACAAAAUGGUGUGAAGAAAAAGCAUCAGAUAUGUCAAGAUUCUUUCAUGACAUUACGAUAUUGCGAUCCUGUGCGCUAUUACUUGUUAUUUUCAUCACCAUAGCUUGGCUACUUUUUGCUCUGCAAUGUAGUUUGACAAUGACAUUAAGAAAUACCAAUUCCAGUCAUGUAGCAGAGCUGCAAGAAGAACUUGCUGAUCUCAAAACACGUUUGUGUAAGCUGCAGGGAUCGUACCUUGAACGAUUGUCAGCUGAGGAGCUAAGGUCGCUAAUUCAGCUGCAUCAGCGUGCAAUCGAACAGACUGAAAAUGCUCUUGUGUUGCAGUUGCAAGCGAGCAUUUAA